GUCCGAGAUCCCUUAUUACUUCAACAAUUGCUCGUAAAUCAAUCCAAUUCAAUGCUACUAAGCAUAUACACAUCUUAACCGAAUUGAAACAAAUAGUGAAGUUAACCGUGGUAAAUUAGCACACGGCCAGAUUUUCCGGUGCGACCCAAGAUUCCUCGGUUCAAAGGCAUUAUGGCCCCCACAAAAUUCGAUCACCUGGAAAUACAAAUGGGUAUAUAUAAAUUGGAAAAUUCCAUAAGUAAUUAAAUUUAGUUUUGCAUUUGAAAGCUUUUUUAAUUUAUAACUUGUAAGUUUUUCAGUAGUCAAUUGUAUACGAUUAGUUAAUGUGUUAGAGUUGCCCGAGUAUUCAUUCUCUUAUAUCCUAAAUUAAUAAUAUGUUCAAAUUGAAAACUCCGACAAGAUCAAUCAUUAUGCCAAUCUUAAAGAAAAAUUUGACUUCUUCAGCCAUUAAAGGUGAUUUAUUUAAAUAUCAAUCUCAAUUACCAAAAUUACCUGUACCUAGUUUACAGGAAACUGGAGCCAAAUAUCUUAGAUCCAUAGAACCUUAUUUAACCCCAGAACAAUUGAAAUCAACAUCAUCAAAAGUAAAUAAUUUUAUUAAUGGUGAAGGUCAAGUAUUACAAUCAAGAUUAGUUGAUUUUGCUCAAUCAAAAGAUAAUUGGUUAGCAGAAUUUUGGGAUGAUUAUGCUUAUAUGUCAUACCGUGAUCCUGUUGUUCCAUAUGUUUCAUAUUUCUUCAGUCAUAAAGAUGUUAAUAAUCAAAUUGGUAAAGAUCAAUUAUUGAAAGCUACUUUACUUACUUAUUAUACAGUUGAAUUCCUUGAACAAGUUCAAAAUGAAACUUUAGCUCCAGAAAUCAUUAAGGGUAAUCCAUUCUGUAUGAAUGCUUUCCAUUAUAUGUUUAAUAACUCAAGAGUUCCAGCUCCUGGUUCAGAUAUUACCAAACAUUAUGAUGGAUCUCAACAUCAAUAUUUUAUUGUCAUCUACAAUAACAAUUUCUAUAAAGUUCCUCAUCAUGAUGCUAAUGGUAACAAAUUAUCUAAAGCUCAAAUUUAUUAUUUCUUACAAGCUGUUAAGAAUUCAAAUGCUCCAAAGGGUGAAGGUCUUGGUGCAUUAACCUCAUUAAAUAGAGAUGAAUGGUUGGCUGCUUAUGAAAAUUUAAGAAAAUCUCCAAUUAAUGAAGCAUCUUUGGAAACCAUUUUUGCUUCUUCUUUCGUUAUCUGUUUGGAUAACAAUAAUCCAAUCACUAUUGAAGAAAAAUCAAAGAAUUGUUGGCAUGGUGAUGGACAAAAUAGAUUCUUUGAUAAACCAUUAGAAUUCUUUAUUAGUGCUAAUGGUAAUUCUGGUUUCUUAGGUGAACAUUCAAGAAUGGAUGCUACUCCAACUGUCCAAUUAAAUAAUACGAUUUAUAAACAAAUUACUGAAACUGAUCCAAAUGCUUUAAUUUCCGAAAUUACUUCUCAAUCUCCAAUUCUUUCCGCUACUUAUACUCCAGAAUUAUUAAAAUUCGAUCUCAAUCCAGUUUCAAGAUCUAAUAUCUCUACUGCUAUUGAAAAAUUCGAUAAAACUAUUUCUCAACAUCAUGAAGAAAUUUUCCAACAUUAUGGUUAUGGUAAGGGAUUAAUUAAAAAGUUUAAAGUUUCUCCUGAUGCUUAUGUUCAAUUAUUAAUGCAAUUAGCUUAUUAUAAAUUAACUGGUAAAAUUAGACCAACUUAUGAAAGUGCCGCUACUAGAAAAUUCUUAAAGGGUAGAACUGAAACUGGUAGAACUGUUUCUAAUGAAUCUAAAAAAUUUGUUUUAACUUGGACUGACCCUAAUGCAAGUCUUGAAGAAAAAGCUUCUACUUUCCAAGCUGCUGCUAAGCAACAUGUUGCAUAUCUUUCUGAAGCUGCAGAUGGUAAAGGUGUAGAUCGUCAUUUAUUCGGUUUGAAACAAAUGAUUCAACCUAAUGAAGCUGUUCCAGAUAUCUUUACUGAUCCUAUUUUCUCCUAUUCUCAAACUUGGUAUAUUUCAUCUUCUCAAAUUCCUUCUGAAUAUUUCCAAAGUUGGGGUUGGUCUCAAGUUAUUGAUGAUGGUUUUGGUUUGGCUUAUUUGAUUAAUAAUGAUUGGUUACAUGUUCAUAUCUCUUGUAAGAAAGGUAAUGGAUUAAGAGCUGACCACUUGAAGUGGUACUUGAUUGAAUCCGCCAAUGAAUUAAAGGAUAACUUAUCAAAGGCCCUCUUAGAACCAAAAGCCAAAUUAUAAUCCUCUUUUUAAUCUAUAGUAUGCUAUAUUCAGUAGUAUAGUAGUAUAUUAUUUUGAAGUUUAAUUUUUAUAUAUAUUUUAUUUAUUAAAAUCAUUACUAUUAUUUAAUUAUCUGUACA